CGUAAAUGGUUAGACAUAUCUGCCGAUUUCUGUGCAUAUGUACAGUGAGCUUCGUUUAAUUAUCCCAAAGAGUAGUGCAUGCAUAUAAGAAAUCAGACAUGGGUAGCACAGAGGUAACACCGGUUCCAAAAAGAUUAAGCGAAAGCAAUGAUAUCAAUGAUAUUUAUGGCCCAAACUUGAAAAUUCUUCCAUGUAAUAAUCAAGUAAAGGAAUUACAAACUAUAUUGCGAGACAAAAAUACCACGAGGAGCGAUUUCAAGUUCUAUGCCGACCGCCUGAUAAGGUUGGUGAUAGAAGAAAGUUUAAAUCAAUUACCUUUUUCUAAAUGUGUAGUAACUACACCAACUGGUGCCAAAUACAAUGGUUUGAAAUAUCAAAAAGGCAAUUGUGGAGUUUCUAUAGUAAGAAGUGGAGAAGCUAUGGAACAAGGUUUAAGAGACUGUUGUCGUAGUAUAAGGAUUGGAAAAAUAUUAGUUGAAAGUGAUGCAGAUACACAUGAAGCCAAAGUAGUUUAUGCAAAAUUUCCAGAUGACAUAUCUGAAAGAAAAGUUUUAUUAAUGUAUCCAAUAAUGAGUACUGGGAAUACUGUGAUAAAAGCAAUUGCUGUCCUAAAAGAACACAAUGUACUUGAAGAAAAUAUUAUUUUAUCAAAUUUAUUUUGUACACCAAUUGCAGCUAAAUCUCUAGUCACUGCCUUUCCUCAGAUGAAGAUUUUAACAUCAGAAAUUCAUAGCAUUGCCCCAAAUCAUUUUGGACAGAAAUACUUUGGCUGUUCUCGUUUCAUCGUAGGAGAGACUACAAACGAACAAGAAAAAGAUAUUGGAAGAAUGCGUCAUGAACGUUAUUUAGAUGUUAUAGUUUAACUUUAUUUCUUAACAAAUUUCACUUGACAAUAA